ACCAUCGUCUGCUAUUCUUCACAAAAAAGAAAAGAAAAAAUACAGUGAAAAUGGCAACCCUUAAAGUUCCAGCUCAUGUACCUGCCCCUUCUGAGGAUGCUGAGCAACUUCGUAAAGCUUUUGAAGGAUGGGGUACAAAUGAGCAAUUGAUUAUCGACAUAUUGGCUCACAGGAAUGCAGCUCAGCGCAAUUUGAUUCGUAAAACUUAUCGUGAAGCUUAUGGGGAAGAUCUCCUUAAGUCUUUGGAUGAGGAACUUUCAAGUGACUUUGAGCGAGCUGUGGUGCUGUUUACUUUGGACCCUGCAGAGCGUGAUGCAUUUCUGGCUCAUGAAGCUACAAAGAGGUUCACAUCAAGCCAUUGGGUUCUCAUGGAAAUUGCUUGCACUAGGUCUUCACAUGAACUGUUCAAUGUGAGGAAGGCGUAUCACGAUCUUUACAAGAAAUCCCUUGAAGAAGAUGUUGCACACCAUACCAAGGGAGACUACCGCAAGCUUUUGGUUCCACUUGUUAGUGCAUUCCGAUACCAGGGAGAGGAGGUGAACAUGACACUGGCAAGGUCGGAGGCAAAGAUACUUCGAGAGAAGAUCUCAGACAAGCAGUACAGUGAUGAGGAGGUCAUCAGGAUUGUAACAACACGGAGUAAGGCACAGUUAAAUGCUACUCUGAAUCAUUACAAUACUGCAUUUGGGAAUGCUAUCAACAAGGAUUUGAAGGCCGACCCCGAAGACGAAUUCCUGAAAUUGCUGAGAGCUGCAAUCAAGUGCCUGACUGUGCCUGAGAAAUAUUUUGAGAAGGUGCUACGUCAAGCAAUCAAUAAGCUGGGAACAGAUGAAUGGGCUCUUACUAGAGUGGUCGCCACUCGGGCGGAGGUAGACAUGGUACGUAUUAAGGAGGAAUAUCAGCGAAGAAACAGUGUGACCCUGGAAAAAGCGAUUGCUGGAGAUACCUCUGGAGACUAUGAGAAAAUGCUGCUUGCGUUGAUUGGAGCUGGAGACGUCUGAGCUGCUUUCCUAUGUUGAGUUGUUGGUAUGAAAAUUUAAUUUGCAAUUUGAGGUGUGAGUUAUGUUUGUUUGGUUGUGGGUUGUGUGAACAUGGCUUUUGUAUGCCGCUGCUUCCGUGUUAGAACGUUCACGAUGAUGUGUUUGUAGAUAUAUUUCCCAAUAAUGCGAGAGUUAGGUAUUGCUGCGGUA